AUGCUUCAACUUGUUAGAAACAGAGUCUAUUUGCUCUCACGCCGUUCCCCAACUUCGCUUCAUCUUUUUCUCCGAUCAACCUCCUCUUCUCUCACCGCCAUAGCCGCCGUGAACAACGGUUCGACCUCCAACAUCGCAAGCACGCGAUUGCGACCAGCUCCUGACGUAACCGCACACAUAGAUCGAGCAACGGUCGCACCCACACAGCACCGGAAACAACGCUCCCUCCGAAGCCACCACGAGCAGCCAAACCAAUAUCGGAAAAAUAGAAAAAGAAGAGGAAGAGAAUCGAGACACAACAUUACCGGUGAAAGCACCACCCCGUCGACGGCAUCUCCCUCUGUGGCAACCACCAUGGCCUCCCUCGAUUUCAGAUCAACCGCCACCACUGUUUUCCGCUUUCCUCUCGCGUAUCACCUUCAUCACAAUGACAAUGUACGGUGCUUCUUCGAUCUUUCUUCUUCUACCUUUUCGUUGUUUUUGCGUUCUUUGAGUUAUUGUGAUAUUGAUGCAGUGUUGUCGCGAAGUUGA